AUGCAUCUCAAACAUCUCCUUCUCUUUGCUGGAAACUUGCUCCCAGUCUUUGGAGCAGCCACCAAGUCUUCGGCUUCAGCCAAAGCCCCUGAGCCUCAGCAACCGGGCAUUGUCUCCAACUGCAAGUCAUACUACCUUGUGCAAAAGGGAGAAACCUGCUUCUCAGUCGCUGCCAAGAACAAGAUCUCCCUAUCCGACUUUCAGGAAUGGAAUCCCAAGACUGGCACUGACUGCAACGCCCUUCUGGCAAACGCAUACGCUUGUGUUUCUGUCACCGAGACAAAGGGUCCAUCGCCGGCGAAGAAAUACUCGCCUACUCAAGCUGGCAUCGCCAAGAACUGCGCCAAGUACGCUCUCGUUGGCAAGGCCACGACCUGCAAGUCAAUUGAGACGCAGAACAAGCUUUCCUUCGCCAACUUUUUCAAAUGGAACCCUGCUGUUGGCAAGCACUGUCAGGGUCUCAAGAAGGGAUACUAUGUUUGUGUUGGCGUUGAAAAGGCUGUGACUCCCACACCGACCACUCCUGAGAAUGUCACCGGCAACAAAGCGCCUUCGCCGGUUCAGAAAGGAAUCACCAAGUCUUGCAACGAAUACCAUCGUGUUUCUAAGGGCGACACUUGUUCUGCUGUUGCGUCAGAGUUCAAGAUCGAUUUGGAUGAGUUCUAUCAGUGGAAUCCUGCUGUUGGGUCCAAGUGUGAGAACCUUUGGGCUAAUUACUACUACUGUGUUAGUGUUGCUGGUGAGAAGGCCAAGGCUAGUGUACACACUCCCUCCCCUAAUUAG